AUGGCGAGACCAAGACUAUCAAUAUGGUCUCGGAUUCGGUCUGCCUUUGGGACCACUGGGUGGCGGCGGGCGGCUCUGGUAAACACGACAAUCAUGGGCGUGUCGACGCUCAUAUUGAUCUCGUUCCUUAUCGCCGCUCUCGCACAGGCUCGAGGAAUUUACAAGACCGUCAUGUUUUACUCUGGAGCUUGUGGAUCGAGUGGUGCCAGCCGAGCGAAUCUCGCGCUGCACUUGCUCCUCAACAUCUUUUCGACGGCCAUCUUCGCAUCGUCGAAUUUCUUCAUGCAGGUGCUCAACGCGCCGUCGAGGGACGAAGUAGUUGAGGCGCAUAGCCGGGGAUCGUGGCUCGACAUUGGCAUCCCCUCGCUGCGCAACGCCGUGCGCGUGUCGAGGUUCAAGACGCUCUCGUGGGCCGUCUUCUUCUUGAGCUCCAUCCCGCUGCAUUUGUUCUUCAACAGUGUCAUCUUUCAGACUGACCGGCGCGAGAGCUCCUACCAGCUCACCAUUGCGACCGAGGGAUUUGUAAAUGGGGGCCCGUAUCGCGUGCCAGGAACGUCCCUGGUGAUUCCAGACAGCGAUUCUUCGGAUACUUAUCUGGGCUCGGAUGCCUAUCUCGAGCCCAAAUCACCAGUCUCGGCCAAUAUAUCGUCUGUGGCCGCAGAAGGGAGUACAUGGAAUCAAAUCUCUGCAGCAAAAUGCCGAAACGAGUACGAGCAAUGUCAUGGCUUGCAGAAGUAUCGAAAUGUUGUGAUUGUAAUCGAUCAGCCUGAUGGAUGGACGACAACCUACCCGACAAAUUAUUCAACCAGCUACAUUUCCGCUGACUUCUUCAAGGAGACGAAUGGGUCCAUCAAUAGCCUCUGGUAUAGUGCACAAUGCGUAAUGGAAGCAACCUUCCAGAGUGUGGGUUUUACUGAGGCUCCGCAGUGCGAUAAUGCAUGUCAAAAUAGAUUACAGGCGACCGCGGACAGCAGCGAAGAGACUUGGAAGAUUGAUUUCCAAUUUGAUGAUAGCCAGUUCGUUCAAAGCCAAUUCGUGCCGCUACCGGUCAGCUACUGUCUUGCAGAAAGCAUCCAACCUGGAUGCAAGAUUGGACUCAGUGUGAUGCUCUUGCUUGCCAUUACAUUAUGCACAACCAUCAAGUUUGUCCAGUGCCUUGUCGUGCUGAAAGGGCUGGAUUAUCGUCAGAGUCUCGUCACGCUGGGGGACGCUGUGACCGCUUUCAUCCGCGAGCCGGAUCCCCAUACUGUCGGACAAUGUACGCUGAGUCGGACGGGCGUGAGAAGAAGUCAGCGGACACUUGCGCCCGGGCCCCGGAGAUGGCAUCAGCGGCCAAGGCGUAUGGGCAGUGCGGUAUCUAAGCGGACAUGGAUCUGUACAUAUGUGAUCUACAUUGUAUGUCUUUUCCCUGUAUGCUUCUGUCUGUGGAUAGCUGGAAGUUUUGCAGGAAUCCUGACCGGUACUGUUGGUCAGAGCGACUCGAACUUUCUCAUCCGAUCCAGGCUGACCAGUGGAUUUCUCUCCGCCACGCUGCUUGUCAACAGCCCUCAGCUGAUCCUCUCUUUUUGCUAUCUAUCUUACAACACUCUCUUCACGAGAAUGCAAAUGGCUCGAGAAUGGGCCAUGUAUAGCAUGCGGUAUAAAGGACUCAGAGUCACGGAACCUACAGGCUCUCAAUUCGCGACUUAUCGUUUGCAGCUGCCGUACAAGUAUAGCAUACCGCUAAUCACUGGGAGUGUACUUCUCCACUGGAUGAUGUCAAAUACCUUCUAUGUUGUGGUUUUUGAAGGAGACUACUUCAAAGGAGAAGAAUUCCAAGAAGAGAAUGCAGGCAUUCUGGACGAUAGCCUCGGCGCAGACACACAAGUCUCCUUUGGGUACUCUCCGAUCUCAAUCCUGGCAUUCAUUAUUAUCUUCUUGGUCAUCACAUUAGCACCGUGCAUCCUCGGUGUGUUUCGUCUGCCUGGAUACAUGAGGUCCGUUGGGAGUAACUCCUGGGCCAUAUCGGCAGCCUGCCACGUCUCUGCCAUGUCGAAAGCUAGAGAGCAGUCACUCGACAAUCUCAGCCCGUCUGAAAGGGAAUCCGUAUCCUCACUGCUACAUGCGCCCGACACAGAUGCCCAUCUGUACAGUGACGCAAACGUCAUCCAAGGCGAAAAUAGAUCCGACCUUGCUGAGCGUGCUCUGAUCCUUGGCGGCUACAGUCAGACCCACAAUGAUGAUAUUGAGAUGCGCAGCAUUAGACAUGCGAGCAGCGACUCACUACAUAUUGAUCCAGCACCGGACGAAUCUGUGUUCAGAGAAAUGAAAGGCAGCGACGACGAGCUCAGGCUGCUCAUCUCCCAGAACAAAAUCAAGUGGGGAGUGGUGCCCAUGCCUCCCGGCUUUCUCGACCAGUACGCGAGUUUCGAAGAUCCAGUCGGCCACCUCGGUUUUGGCGUUGCGGCAGAUGAUGUCGGAGUUCCCAUCGAAGACUGGUAUUAUGCGUGA